AUGGCCGUCGAGAAGGGCUGUGUUGGCUUCUGCGGGACCAACGCCCGGCCGUCCAUUGCACCCACCUUUGGCGUGGAGCCAUGCCUGGGAACGAAUCCUCUGUGCUUUGGCAUCCCAACGGAUGAGGCCUUCCCUUUUGUUAUCGACUGUGCCACUUCAAUUUGCCAGCGCGGCAAGAUCGAGAAGUACGCCCGGAGUGGCAAGCCCACCCCGAAAGGCAUGGUCAUCGACUCUACCGGUGAGGAGCGCACCGACACGGAGGGCAUUCUGAAGGGAAUGGUCAAGGGUGACUGUGCGCUGUGCCCCAUUGGAGGACUGUGGAGUAGAGGCUCUAUUACUUGUUUGAGGGAAAUUGGAAUAGAAAAUGGAAAUUUCUCAAGGCUUCAGGGUUUCGGACGUUCAGGUUCAGGGCAAGAUCACUGCUUCCAAUUGUAUUUAUAUCCCACGUAUGGCUUUAAAUGGCUUCCAUCUGCGCUUUGCUUUAGGCUAUAA